AUGGCGACAGAUAUCGAGACAAAGGCAGCUGCUGCUGCACCAACCGAAGGCCCCUCCUCUCCCUUCUUGCCGUCGGCCCAGAAAAAGCGGAAAGCCGCCAACGACGACGUCCCCGAAAUAGAGGUCGACCUCUCGCUCCCCGAGCCACCCUCCAAGCGAGCGAAGCGUGCUCUAAAAAAAGGCAAGGUCCUCCCUGCCAAGCCCAGAUCCGACGAUGAGGGCGACGAUGACAUCCCGGCCAAAGGCGGAAAGUCCGGUGACAAGGACGACAACAAAAAGGCCGAGCGCUCUCAGUUCGGCAUCUGGAUCGGCAACCUGCCCUUUACCGUCACCCGUCCUCAGCUGUUCCAAUGGUUCAUUGACUGCUCCGGCGGCGCCAUUUCGGAGGCCGACAUCACCCGCGUGAACUUGCCUCUGGGCAAGCGCCAGCCACACCAGCAGCGCCCUCACAACGUCAAUGCCGACAGCAACGGCAACGUCGCGCCGCCCAACAAGGGCUUCGCCUACGUCGAUUUCCUGACGUAUGAGGCCCAGGUGGCCGCGACGGCAUUGUCCGAGACGGAGCUGGAUGGCCGCCGUGUGCUGAUCAAGGACAGCAAGUCGUUUGAGGGCCGUCCGGCCAAGGAGCGUGAAGGUGCCGGUGCUGGCGCAACCACCGGUGCUGCUGGUGACGACGAUGGCAAGAACGGUGCCGACGCAUCGGCAGCGCCCGCGGCCGGCAUGACCAGCAGCAAGAUCUUUGUCGGCAACCUGGGAUUCGAUACCACCGAGGAGGAUCUCCGCCGCCACUUUACGCCCUGCGGACCCGUCGCGUGGGCCAAGGUCGCCACAUUCCCAGACAACACGGAGAAGUGCCGUGGCUACGGCUGGGUGCAGUUUGGCGGCAAGACAGACGACGGCCAGAACAUUACGCCCGAGGCCGCGUCCAAGGCGGCCGCGGCGGCUGUCACGGGCUUUGCCAGGAUUACCGAGACGGUCGACACCGAAGAGGACUUUGCAGCCGAAGCAGCUGUCGCUGCCGGAGACAUGGAAGACGAGGACGAUGUGGCCGACACAAAAGAAGCGACCAAGCCCGCACCACGCACACGACAGCGCAAGUGGUGGGUCAACCAGCUCAAGGGCCGUCCGCUCAAGAUCCAGUUCGCCGAGGAUGACGCCAUGCGCUACAAGAAGCGCUUCCGCAAGGGCGGCCGGCCACAAGGUGACGAUGGCGAGGGCCGUGGCGGCAACAAGGCCCGCGAGCCGAGAGAAAGACGGCCCCGUCCCGACAACCAACAAUACAAGCACCAGGACGCCACUGUCGCCUACCGGACCGGUGCCAUUACGGCAUCCCUCGGCAAAAAGACGAUGCUAGAGUAG